UUAGUCGUCUCAAGAGCCUGGACAAACACGGAUUAUCUCCGUCGUCACCCGCGAUUAGAGGAUUACGCUGCCCUCCGCGACUUCCACGAGCGCGUUUUGAAUAUUUAAAUCGAUACCGCCGCAAGGGCCUCCCUUCAUAAAAUUCGCCUAUCGGGUCCUUCCGACUCUCAUCGAGCCGAAUUUGAGCUCGCGGUGAGCCGUUCCUUCUGUCGAGUCCCGCCAAUAAUUUGACCCGCGACCGGGUCCGUUAGCUCCAGCUUCUCGUUUGCAUACUUAUCGGUAAUUUCGUACGUAUGCAUAUAUUAUCCAGCCCAGUUCGCCAAAAAGUCUCCAAACUCAACUGCGCCCGCAUUUUAACGGAUAAUUCCAUAUCACGCCGCAGAGAUCAAAAUGACGAAAACGGAGAGCAAGGAUAUGAUGUCGAAGAUCAGCGAGGCGGAGAGGAACGGCUCGAAAACCAAAAUCAUCGAUGACAAAUAUGAUUACGACCCGUACGACCAGCCUGCGCCAGAAAAUGCCACCUCAUACGCAGAUUCCCUCACGAUCUUGCUCAAGUUCAGUUUGGGAACGGGGAUUUUGGCAAUGCCUCGAUCAUUUCACAACGCUGGUUACGUGGUCGGUUUUAUUGGAACCAUGGUUAUCGGAUUUCUGACAACAUACACGAUUCACAUGAUCAUGUCUGCCGAAUACGAGUUAUGCAAAAGGAAACGUGUCCCUAAUAUGUCCUAUCCUGAGACCAUGGAAGCAGCUUUUGAGUACGGACCACGAAAAAUGCGAAAAUUCAAAAAUGCUGCGUGGUUUAUGUGUUAUAUUUUUCUACUCAUCUAUCAGACUGGUACAAGUUGUAUUUACUUGGUCUUCAUUGCAGACAACUUGAAAGAGGAAUUAGAUCUCUUUUUUGGUGGCUCCACGGACAUCAGGAUGGUGAUUGUUUAUCUUCUAAUUCCUCUUAUACUAAUUUCAAUGGUUCGAAAUUUGAAACUCAUAUCACCCCUUGCCUCGCUGGGACACAUUUUCGUGAUGAUCUGCUUUAGUAUCAUCUUCUACUACAUUUUCAGAGAUAUACCCAACAUUGCUGAACGCAAACCAGUUGGAACCAUGCAAGGCAUUCCUCUGUUCUUUGGCACUGUGCUUUUUGCAAUGGAAGCAAUCGGAAGUGUGAUGCCCGUCAAAAAUGAGAUGGCGAAACCUGAACAAUUCACCAGCAGAUUUGGAGUCAUUAACAUGGCCAUGGUUCCAAUCGUUCUCUUGUACACGAUUAUUGGUUUGUUCGGCUAUUUGCAAUACGGAGACAAAACCAAAGGCAGUAUCACAUUGAAUAUGCCCCAACACAAUCUGUUUGGACAUACAGUGAAAUUGCUCCUGGCAGCGUCUGUUUACAUCAAUUACGCUAUUUCAAACUACGUCAUUUACGACUUGGUGUGGCCCUGCCUGACCAGUAAGAUGGAGAAGAACUCGCACAAGUUAUCCUACGAGUAUUGCGUGAGGAUAGCUAUCGUGCUAAUUACAUUUGGGUUCUCGAUAGCCAUUCCUAACUUGGAACUGUUCAUUUCGUUCCUAGGAUCUCUAUGUUUAGUUAAUUUAGGUAUAUUUUUCCCGGUCAUUUUACAGACCCUGACAUUCUGGGACGAAUUCAGGGGUCCUAGGUUUUACACGUUCCUUAUAAAAAAUAUUUUCUUGAUUAUAAUUGCUAUUUUAGGAUUUGUUAUCGGGGUUGGCAGGAGCUCCAUUGAAAUUUACAACACCGUAAUUUUACCAUCUUUCUCAUAGUUUUAGCUGAAACCGACUUGAUUUGUAAAUAAAUAAAUUUUAUACAUAAA